UUAUGUUGCGGAAAUCAAUCAGCUGACAGAUAGUCUCCUCCAUACUUGCCGAGGACACCUUUAAACCCCCCACACCGGCUCACCCGUUCCACUACAUUGAUCAGCGCAGACCCUCAGCGCCCAACGCCCAACACUGCCAUCUCUGUAUCGUUCAGUGUCUCAGCUAGCGCGCGUGUGCGAUGGAGGCACCAGCAGCAGGAGAUUCCUCCGGCGGCGACAGGUACAGAUCUCACCUGGCCGGCGAGGGCGAGAAGAACACCUUGUGGCGGCACGGCGCGCCGCCCACGUACGACGCGGUGAACAGCCUCUUCGAGGCUGAAAGGACACAGGAGUGGGCGAAGGGGUCGCUGGAGGAGACGGUGCAGAACGCGAUCAAGACGUGGGAGAUGGAGCUGUCGCACAAGGCCCGGCUGGGGGAUUUCAAGUCGGUGAGCCCCGCGCCGGGCCGGUUCCGGCUGUCCGUGAACGGCGGCCGGGCCUUGACGGGGGAGGAGACGCUGGCCAUGGGCAGCUACAACGCGCUUUUGUCCGGCCCGAUCCUGCCCGGCGCCGGCGCCUACGACGCCGCGGCCGAGACCUUCGAGUCCUCCCACGAACUCUUCCGCUCCGCCUUCCCUCGCGGGUUCGCGUGGGAGGUGGUCAAGGUCUACUCCGGCCCGCCGGUGAUCGCGUUCAAGUUCCGCCACUGGGGCCACAUGGAAGGGCCCUUCAAGGGCCACGCCCCCACCGGCGACAAGGUCGAGUUCUCCGGCGUCGCCGUCCUCAAGGUGGACGAGCAACUGCGGGCGGAGGACGUGGAGGUGUACUACGACCCAGGGGAGCUUCUCGCGGGGCUUCUCAAGGGUCCCAAGGAAGAAGCCGAGGUAGCGGCGCUCGCCGCGAGGCUCGGCGAAGCGGCUGCCGUGUCGGGAUCAGGUGCUGACGGGCAAUCCCCAGCCAGCUGCCCCUAUCUGGGCUCCGGAAAGCAGGACUGAUCGACCGAGUGGCCAGGCCAAAUAAAACGUGUGUAGUGACGUCUCCACUCUCCAGUCCCCAGGAUAUUGUUGUUGCAUCACUGUGUCGCGAUCAGAAAGAUCAUUUUCGUCAGCUUUCGAGACCGACCGAAAGCUCAGUUCAACGUGUAAUUGUACUGCUUUACGUACGUGCUUGUUCCUUUGGUUUCAAGGCGGCGAUCGGCCUCGUCGCAAUUAAUUAACCGCACCUGCUCUGUGAGAAGCGGUUUGUCACA